GAAGGCAAGAUAAUAUGUCUAGUAUCAGUAUCCUGUGCCUUGAAGCUUAGUUAUUUGCCUUUUUCUCUUGAAGUGUAACAAUGUCUAUUUUGUAGGCAAUUAUUAUUUUGACAAGAUUUUGGCAAUGCAACCACAAAGAAAAUUCAGAGGUGCCACAAAGAAAAUUCAGGAGAUGCCUGCCCAGCAAAAUUGGAGAAAGAGGCAGAAAUGGUCUUUUUGGAAUGGAAUUUCAUAAACUGCUUGUUCUCAAACAAUGGAUACCAGUGGAAAAAGCAGAGAAGAAUUAUUCUUUCCACUCUGAGAAACUUUGGACUGGGUAGGAGGUCUUUGGAGUCAGUCAUUUCCAAUGAGACUAGAUUUCUUCAAGAGGCUAUAGAGGAAGAACAAGGGAUGUAUAAUUUUACCUGUCAGACUACAAAGAAUGCAGCAGCAGGAUUCCAUGAGGACCUCUUUAUAGCUGGGACUGAGACCACCACCACCUCUCUACGCUUGGCUCUCCUCUACAUGAUCAAAUACCCAGACAUACAGAAGAAGGUCCAGGCCGAGACAGACAGAGUGAUUGGAAAGGAACGGCAGCCCUCCAUGGCAGACAGAGUGCAUCUUCCCUACACUGAUGCUGUGAUCCAUGAAACCCAGCGAUAUGGCAACACUGUUCCCCUGAAUGCACCGAGAAUGGCCAAUAAAGAUACAACAUUAGGAGCUGAUGUUUGAUGAGCGCACUGGCGCACUGCGACUGCAUCAUCCAGGUGGUGGUGGAGGCUCCAUUACCUGUAAAGUGCUUUGAAUGGAGUGUCCAAAAAAGUGCUA